AACAAUUAACAACCCACACAGACACACACAAUACAUAUAUCAAAUUACAAUACACCAAACUUCAUCAUAUUAACAACUUAUUCACUAGGAAAAUGGCAUUGUUAUGGGCGGUUUUAUCAGCCAUCCUACUUGUCUAUCUCCUCCGGCAACUACUCGGCCAGAAAAACCGGAAAAAACUGCCUCCAGGCCCGAGAGGCCUUCCCAUAUUAGGCCAUUUCCACCUCCUUGGCAAGCAUCCCCAUGUCAAUUUGCGCAAUCUAGCCCGAAAGCACGGCCCGGUCAUGGGGCUUCGCCUCGGCCCUGUGUCCGCUGUCAUCGUGUCGUCCCCGGCCGCGGCCGAGCUCGUCCUCAAGACCCACGACCUCGUCUUCGCGAGCCGGCCCCCUCACGACGCCGCGCGCCAGCUAAGCUAUGAGCAGAGGAACCUCGUGUUCGGGCCGUACGGGCCGUACUGGCGCAACAUGCGGAAACUCUGCACGUUUCAGCUGCUGAGCGGUUUCAAGAUCAACCAAUUUUCUUCCAUGAGAAGGGCCGAGGUCGGGCUUCUUGUUGGCUCCCUGAAGCGGGCCGCUGAGGGGGGAGAGAGCGUCGAUCUCAGCGCGGCGAUCUCGGCCGUCAACGGCGACAUGAACUGCUUGAUGAUUUUCGGAAGGAAGUAUUCCGACGGGGAUUUUGAUGAGGAGGGGUUCAGAGCUCUGUUCAUGGAGACGGUGGCGGUGGCGGCUCAGUUCAAUCUCGCGGACUUCUUCCCCUACGUCGGGAGUCUUGAUCUGCAAGGGCUGAAUCGGAGGAUGAAGCGGUUGAGCAAGGCGUUUGAUGGAUUCUUGGAGAGAAUCAUCGACGAUCACGUGGCGAAGAGGGGGGAGGAGGAGCGGAGCGAGGACUUCGUUGAUACGAUGAUGGCGAUCAUGGAGUCCGGGGAAGCUGGGUUUGAAUUCGACCGACGCCAUAUUAAGGCCGUGCUACUGGAUUUACUCAUAGCAGGAACGGAUACGUCUGCGGCUGUAAUAGAAUGGGCGAUGUCGGAACUGAUGAGACAUCCAACAGUGAUGAAGAAACUCCAGCAAGAACUUGAAUCGGUCGUGGGAUUGGAUCAAAUGGUUGAAGAAUCGCAUAUCGACAAACUCAAAUACCUGGACUGCGUGGUCAAGGAAGUCAUGCGUCUCCAUCCUGUGGUGACCCUCUUACUCCCUCGCGAAUCCAUGGAAGACUGUGAGCUCCAUGGUUUCUACAUACCCAAGAAAUCAAGAGUUAUCGUGAACGCGUGGGCUAUAGGAAGGGAUCCUGAUGUUUGGGCUGAUCCAGACUCUUUUACACCUGAGAGGUUCAUUGAUAGCGAUAUAGACCUGAGAGGCCGCCAUUUCGAGCUCAUACCAUUUGGUUCGGGUAGGAGGGGCUGCCCGGGGCUGCAACUAGGUCUGACGGUGGUGAAACUGGUGGUGGCGCAAUUGGUGCAUUGCUUUGAUUGGGAGCUUCCAAAUGGUAUGAAGCCUAGUGAAAUAGACAUGUCUAAGCACUUCGGUUUGGUGACGGCUAGAGUUAAGCAUCUCAUGGCCAUUCCUAGUUAUCGACUACAUAUGUCUUGAAUUUCUUUUGAAUCGUAUCUUAUGUUAUUUUAUUUAGGGAUAUAUCUUACGGCUGCUAGUAUAAUAAAUUAUUAUGUCGAAAUAAAAAUGGUGUGUAUUGUAGAAUUAAGAAUGUAAUCGAAUUUAGCCAGUUAUCGUAAUUUUGGUGUAUUUGUAUUAAUCGAGUAUUAGCGGAAUAAAAGUAUCAAAAUUCAAAGAUCGAA